GAACGGCCAUUCAUAAUGCGAAAACCUGACUAUUUUGGCAAUGAUACCAAUGAAAAAUACGAAGGUUUCACCAUGGACCUCAUCAAAAGAUUAUCAACUGACCUGAAGUUCGAGUUCAGGAUAUAUCAGAGCCCAAACAAUCGAUAUGGAGCAGAUGAUGGCAAUGGUAACUGGGACGGAAUGAUCGGAGAGAUUAUGGCUGGGAAUGCAACUUUGGCCUUUGGAGCAAUGUCAAUCACUUCCAGUCGUGAGGCUGUCAUCGACUUUAGCUUGGGCGUAAUCAGUACUGGGGUCAACUUACUAAUAAAGAAGCCCAAAGAAAAUUUUAAUAUUUUCCAGUUCAUGAUGCCUUUCUCACUGGAGUUGUGGAUGGCUAUACUGGGAGCAUCAGCUUCAGUUAGUCUUGUUUUCUAUAUCUUGGACUACGGCAGCGAGGACAGAAGAUUUACCAUCAAA